GAAAUCAACUUGAAAUGAAUUGAGUGAGCUUUGUGAUAUUAAAUUGGAGAAAUUGUUUUGUUGUUUGGAACACAUUUUGUUUUUAGAAACCCGAAUCAACGAUUAAUCGAAAAUGUCGGAUAAUUUGGCCAACAUUCGUAAUUACAAAAUUCAAUUACGACAGGUCGAAAUGAGUCUGAUAAAUGAACCAGACAAUGAUGACCUGAAAACGCUUCAACAUGAUCUUAAUGAGGUAAUACAAUUAACAAUACAAAUGAUGACUAAAGAAGAAUUGGCUGCUUUAGAAUCAUUAGAAAGCGAUGGAGCCCCGACAAAUGAACAUCAUUUUAGUGCUGGAGAUUGGGUGUUAGCACCUUGGAGCGAAGAUGGACAAUUCUACGAAGCACAGGUCGAAGAUAUAACAUCAGAUGGUCAAUGUACGGUCAUGUUUAACCAUACAAAAAAACGCAUUUCCGAAGUAUGUCUGGUCGGAUUGUUAAAACCAUUGGGCAAAAAACGCGGUACUUUUAAUAAUAAUCAUAAAGCACAUAUAUCUUCUUUAGGAUCAACAAAUAAAGCUGGUUUAGGUUCGGCUUCUCAUUAUUUAUCAGGGGAUAAUUCAACUUCAUCAUCUUCCAGCUCUCAACAACAAGCGACCAAUAUCAAUCAAUUCAAAAAACAACAAGAACUCAGGGAACAUCAGCGACGAAAACAACAGAAACGUAAAGAAAAAUUGAAACAAUUAGAAGAGGAAAGAGAAAAGGAUAAAAUGAAAUGGCAGUCGUUUGCCCAUAAGGUUGUAAAUAAAAAAAUGAAAGGCAAUCAAAAGAAAAGUAUAUUUGCAUCUCCAGAUUCCGUUUCUGGUCGUGUUGGUGUCGGUACUUGUGGUGUUGGCGGCCGACCAAUGACCGAAUAUCAACAACAAAAAUUGGAAAAUGUACCUCGUAAAGCUUCGUCCAAUUUGCCCAAACUUUCUUUAUCAACACCUUAUUGACAAACAUUUAUCAAUUGAAAAUGAAUUUUUAUAUUAAUAUUGUACAAAAAAAAAUUUUGAGAAUUUUAUUCACCACCCAUUCAUAUAUACACACAACAUUUGAAAUGAAACAUAAAUAAAUAUAUAUUACAUAAUUAAACAAAUAAA